CUGCCCCAACAGAGGCGUCAACAGAGGCAUCAACAGCUGCCCCAACAGAGGCACCAACAGAGGCACCAACAGAGAUACCAACAGAGGCACCAACAGAAUUACCAACAGGUGGCCCAACAGCAGCCCCAACAACUGCCCCAACAGAGGCACCAACAGCUGCCCCAGCAGAGGCACCAACAGACGCACCAACAGCUGCCCCAGCAGAGGAGCCAACAGCUGCCCCAACAGCUGCCCCAUCAGAGGCACCUACAACAGCCCGAACUGAAGCACCAACAACUGCCCCAACAGAGGCACCAACAGCUGCCCCAACAGAGGUGCCAACAGCUGCCCCAACAGCUGACCCAUCAGAGGCACCUACAACAGCCCCAACUGAAGCACCAACAGCUGCCCCAACAGAGGCACCAACAGAGAUACCAACAGAGGCACCAACAGCUUCCCCAACAGAAUUGCCAACAGCUGCCCCAACAGCUGGCCCAAAAGCAGCCACAACUGAAGCACCAACAGCUGCCCCAACAGAGGCACAAAGAGAGGCACCAACAGAGAUAACAACAGAGGCACCA